AUGCUGGUUGCCAUCUGCUGGGUUAGGUGCUCCAACCUCGCCACAGAGGCUGCUGUUGUUGCGCUGCAGCUUCCAUUGUCUUCAAAGACGACAAGGCCAACUCCCACAAGCUCGUCCAUGGCGCUUCCACUCUUUGGAACCUCAUCUCCAUCUUCCCCUUCCGCCGUCCCCUUCGUCUGCAAGUCCUGGUACCGCGCCUCCCUCGACCCUAGCUGCUGGCGCCGCCUCAACUUCCACUCCCUCGAUUUCACGCCCUGGAGCCCUUUCUCCCGUGCCUUUGCGCUCCGCUACCGCCUCCACUCCCCCCUCUCCUUCUCCGCCUUCCUCCGUUUCGCCCUCCACCGCUCCCACGGCGUCGUCGACCAACUCGCCUUCCCCCUUUCCUCUGCCGUCUCCAUCCACGACCUCGCCUAUGCCUCUCGCAGAUGCUUGAGAUUGAAGGCGCUGGCUUUGCCGGACUACCUGAUGCUGGAGGACGACCUUCGAAUCCCGGAGCUGGUGUGGCGGUGGAAGGAUCUGGAGCAUCUGGAGAUGGAGACCAAGCCCUCCUCGUUCCUGGAGGCGGUCGCCGAGAUCGACCGUAACUGCCCGCGGUUCGUCGGGUUGAAGGUGCGCGGGCUAAUCAGGCGCGAGGAUGCCAAGGCUCUGGCUCGGUGCCUGCCGGAACUGAAGCACCUGGAGUUGAGCAAGUCCUACUUGACCAAGGACGAGCUGUUGGUGGUCAUCGGCGGCUGCCGGAAGCUGGAAAUGUUGACCGUAAAGGAUUGCCUCGGAUUCCAGGCGGACGACGAGAUUCUGAAGCUGGUGUCGCGCAUCGAGCGGUUCGAGCACGAGGGGUCGACGCUCGUAUAUUCUUACACCUGUUCGAACAUUGGCAGUAGGUCCGCUUUACAGGUCUCUUUCUUUUUAUCUACUUUAGAUCCGUAA